CUUCAAAACAUCAAAUAAUUACAAUCACUGUUUUGUCAUAGCAUUAUGUAAUUAGGGAAUCCUUUUUUCUAUUUAUAAAAAACGUAACCAAAUUAGAAAAUCCAUAGACCAAUACAAGACCCUCCUGAUCCUGAGUCUUUAGCCUUAACCCAUAAAGCUCAACCUCCAUGAUCAGCAUCCUCAACACAUCCGGUGUCUUAUCACAUGCCAUAUUAAUAUCCAAUCUAAAGAAGCUCUUAAGCAGUAGUGUGACGAACAGAGACUUUUAGUAGACUCGCAUCUGUUGACGUAGUCCUUGUGAUUUAACGCACACAACAUGUUCGUCAAAAUUCCCAAGUGAGUGUUAUCAAAGUCACGGUCUUUAAUCGAUUAACUCGUUAAGGAAUCGAAAUCAGAAUUUGUCUGAUCAUGGAACGAUGGUCCGGCGUUUUGAAGAUUCCGUUGGAUGCUAGUACUGUAAACUACUACAGAGUUGCAGCAUCUCUUUGCCUUUCUUCAUCUUCCUCUUCCAAAAUCCUGACUCAGGUGCCUUCUGAAAAUGCAAUAUUCUUCCAUGGAGACAGAGUUCAAGACACUGGGAGUCCUGUGAUUGAGAGGCUCUAUGAUCUGCAGAAAGUAGCUGAGAUCAUUGUUUCUAAAUUUGGUAACUCUGUCAAUGCUUGGGUUGUUGAAGCUUCUGUCUUUGAUGGACCAUUUGCUAUUUACAAGGACUUUGUUCCAUCAGUGAAUCAAUGGGAAGAACCAAAAUCUUAUCUCCCAACUGGCUUCCCAGCUUCUUCAUCAAUUGUCUCCCUCUUAUCUAGUUGCCUCCAUGAGGCAAAGAACCUCAUUUUGAAGGAAGGCAAACAAGUGUGUUUGAUAGACCAGAUUGCAUCAGUUCAUCACUGUCCCAGAACUAUUGUUCUUGGGUUUAGCAAAGGUGGAGUUGUGAUAAACCAGCUCAUGAGUGAGAUCAGUUCCUUGGAUAUAAACUUUGCCGAACCUAUGAGCCAGCAUGACAAGAUUCAGAUCAUUCCAGCCUCCAAAGAUAGCUUCCUCAACAGUAUUUCUCAAGUUCAUUAUAUCGAUGUAGGACUGAACUCUUCUGGUGCCUACAUUACUGAUCACAAUCUCGUGCAGAGAAUCUCUCAACGCAUUGCACAACGAGCAGACUCGCUACGCAUUGUCAUUCAUGGAACUCCUAGGCAGUGGUGUGAUAAGCAGCGUGGCUGGAUUCGCAAGGAAAAAGAUGAGUUACUUCGUUUGCUCGAAGCUGAAACUGAAAAUUCCGGUGGGAAACUACAGGUCCUUGAACGAUUCUAUUUUUCUGGUAGACUUCCUGAACGAUUCUAUUUUUCUGGUAGACUUCCUGAUUUGCAAAUGCACUUUGAGAUCAUUGAUGUUAUGGAUGUCUUUUAAACAUUUGCAUGAUAAAUGCCACUUUGUCUAGCUUAUGUUACAUUGCGCAUAGCUUAUAUGAAACGAAAGAUAAAACAUAACACCAAAGAAGACAAAGACAUAAUAAAUAUUACUCUCCACUC